UUCUAGUGUUUUUGGCUACAUUUACAUUUCAUUUGUUUUAAUUAGUGUGAUUACUUUUACAAUGCCAAAACGGAGUAGGAGAUUAUUAACCCCAUCCAAAAAAGCAGCUAAACAAGUCGUCCAAAAAGAAAUUAUUGAGGAAGAAAAUGAAGACAAAGGAGAUAAAGAAGUAUCUACAGCUCGGGGGCGUCUCAAAGGUGCCCUAUUGGAGGUGCUUGACCCUCCUGCUGAAGAAUCUGAUGAGUCAUACGAGCCCUCUCCAACCAAGAAAGAAAGACAGGAAAAGAAAGAUUCAGAAGAGGAAUAUACACCAAGGAGGAAGUCUCCAGUCCGCCAAUCAUAUGUGCUGAAGCUUUUCGACCGGAGUGUAGAUUUAUCUCAGUUUGAAGAAAACUCUCCGCUCUACCCCAUAUGCAGAGCCUGGAUGAUCAACCAGCCCAAGGAAAAUUAUGAGAACUUUGGGCAAAGUUAUGAAGAACCUGAACAGACUGAAGAAAGUGUUGAGUUACCUGGACCCGAGGGGCCACCUGUCAGCCGGAUCCCAGAGCUACUACCAGAACAGAAGGCUCGAAAUAAGGAUAACAUCAAUCUUAACUAUCGAGAAGCGCCGCCUCCGAGCCGCGAGCAGCUGCUCCGCUGGCACGGCGCGCGCUGGGCGGCGGUGCGCCAGGCCUGGCUGGACCAGGCGCAGCGUGUCGAGGCACGAUAUGACGCCGCGCAGAACGUGCUCAACAAGAUCAAUAUCAAUGCCCUAUAAUAAACAAUGCUGUGAAAAUUACGCUUUUAGUAAAUUAAGUGAAGAUUUUAGAGUGAUAUUUUACUUACAUUGAUUUAUGAAGAGUUUUAUAAUUAUAAAUCAAGAAUCAUGAGGAUGUAUAUUGAUUGACAAUGAUGAUUGAAAUGAAAGAAGUGGGUCUUAGAGAUUUUUUAUUGUUGUAAAUAAAUCAUUACGCAUGAA